AUGCCGCCUAAGUUAGCAGCUUGUGAUCCUUGCAGAUUAUCGAAGUUGGCCUGCGACCAUUCGCGCCCUGUCUGUUCACGAUGCAGAGACCGCGAUAAGGCAGCCGCGUGUUGUUAUCGGUCAAGGCCGUUCAAAAAGAGAAGGGUCCCGCCGCACGAGCCGAGGGAACUUGGUUUCAACCUCACUCCUUCGACGUAUACACCCAAGCACUAUCCCAACCCGCUCUAUCAGGGCUCGUCAAGCCAUACCACUCUCUUCAACCAUCUUUCGUCGGAGAGCAGUCAAAAGGAUGAUCAAACCCUGCAUAAGACCCUGGUGGAUGACGAAAAAGUCUCUCACGGCGCAAGCUUGAUUCGGAGAUUUCGCUGCCCUCCGAAUGUCUUGUCUUGGAUUCCAAUCGUUGAAGAAUGGGUCAGCAAAGGAGUAAAUCUCGCGUUAGCGGACUCUUUCACGGAGCAAUGCGCUCAGAGCGUUCGGCUUGUCCUCGAAGCAGAAGAUCUGGAGAUUUCGACGAAGCUCUUCUUCAAUUCCUGCAGCCCGCUGACGGCUACUACAUCGGAGGAGUUUUGCGCCAAGUUUUGUGGCGACAAUGCGCGAUGGGAGACGCUGGGGUUGUUCUUUACCGCCGUCUCCCGGGCCUGCCUCGACUGCACUUACGAUGACGAGCGAAAGCGACGCGCUCUUUCGCGACUUGCCAUGCACUACUCUGACCUCUGCCUGGAAACGGCUCUAUCACUCGACUGCCUGAAUGAACUCCAGCUCAUACUUCAGUACGAAAACUUUAUCAGUCAUUCGUUUAUAGACGGCGACCAGAGCUACUGUUCUUGGAGAAAGAUAGGAGAUGUUGUGAGCUCCUUGUUUGCUCUCGGUUACCAUGAGAAGUUUGAUGGUACGCCCUUCAUUAGCAGCAUCCGUCAACUUACAUUCGCUCGAGCUUACUCUGCGGACAAAAACAUUUCUGUGUUCUUGGGCCGUCCGCCACGGAUCCAUCAAAAGUACUGCCAGGUGCUGGAUCGAAAUUUCCAAUGGGCACAGGAUGAAAAGUUUUCGUACGCGGUAGACACUCAAUGGUCUGCAUUGUGUGCGGUGUUGAAAGAGGACAUACUUGACCUGUUUAGGGAAGAAGAUUACGAUAAGAAGAUUGAAAGAGCUGGUGCUAUACAAGCUGAUGCCGAAGCCCAAUGGGAAGCACUGCCCCCGCAGUUCCGACUAGAAGGUGCUUUAAAAGCUUGCGAUCGGCAUCCAGUGGAGCGAGACUUUUUGGUCAGCGCGCGACUAAAUCACCUUCACGUCUUGUUCCUCCUCCGUUUGGCACUGGUACGCGAGGUACCGGGACCAGAUGCUCAAUUACUCAGCAUAUCAACGAAUAUGUUGAGUGUUGUCGUUGAGGCAGUGGUACUUAGAGAAAGCUUGGCCAACUCCGGCACAUCAGUAGCCUGGAAGGUGGUGUAUUAUGGGCUGGCAGCAGCAGGCAUACUUUGCCAUGCUUUACUCGACAAGUCCUUCGGGGAGAGUCAAGUCAUUCAAGAUCUGAGUGUUCUUGUUGCCGAGGUGAACAAAGGAGCGUUAGUCCACAUCGAAGACCCAAACUACGCAUUGCUAUCUCGAGCUGCGCAAACCAUCAAGAACCUACUCGACAAGGUUCUGUCCAACGACUACGACCCUCUUUCAUCGCCAACAGCACAUGAAUGGAACUUGCAUGACUUUAGCGCCGACUUUUGGUUCCAUCUCGCCGAGCACCCGUUUCUGGCGAGCCCCGACUAUGAGUUUAUGUAG